UUUGCGAUAGAUAGAUCAAAAUUUUAUAUAAAAUAAAAAUGGCUCAAAUUGAAAGUUCAAAUUGCAUGAAAGGCAUAACUCUCGUUCACGUUGGAAAACGAAAUUUUCGUGUUCCGACCGCCUCACUUCCUGCUAGUUUUUCCUCAAAAAAAGAUGUUUAUGUUCGCACACAUAAUAAAGAUGAUAAUAAUAAAGCUGAAUCAGCUAACGAAGAAGAAAUAACACUUAAACUUGAUAUUUCACGGCGUUUUUAUGGAUUAAUUAUUGGAAGAGGAGGAUAUAAUAUAAAACAACUUAGAGAGGAAACUAAAGCUAAAAUAUUUGUUAAUUAUGAUGGUCCUGUUGUUAUUAUCGGUACAAAAGACAGAGUUGAGAUAGCUAAAAAACGAAUUGAAGAUACUAUUGCUCAACAAAAUAAUAAUAAUACAGAAAAUGAGAAAUCUAUUAAUGAUACGAAAAUUGAAGAUAAAAAGAAGGAUGAUGAUGAAUCAAUUAAAGAAUCGAUUAAAGAUAAUGAGGAUUUCACGUUCAAACUUUAUGUUCCAACACAUUUACAUGGACCAAUUAUUGGAAAGGGAGGAAGUGUCGUGCAACAGAUUAUGGCUGAGACCAAUACUAAAAUUAUAGUUCAAAGAUAUGAAAAACUUGCCGUUAUUAGCGGCGCAAAAGAUGGGGUUGAGAUGGCUAGAAAACGAAUUGAAAAUAUUAUUGAAUCGCAAUAUAAAACAGCAAAUGAGAAAUCUGAUGAAACGAAAAUUGAAGAUAAAAAUAAAGAUGAUGGUGAAUCAAUUAAAGAAUCGAUUAAAGAUAACGAGGAAAUCACACACAAAUUUAACAUUCUAGGACGUUUCCAUGGAGCAAUCAUUGGAAAGGGAGGGAAUACCGUGAAACAGAUUAUGACCGAAACUAAUACUAGAAUUAUAGUUCAAAGAUAUGAAAAUCUUGCCACUAUUAGAGGCACAAAAGAUGGGGUUGGGAUGGCUAUAAAACGAAUUGAAGAUAUUAUUGAAUCGUAUAAUAAUGCAGGAAAUGCUAAUAAUAGUACAGAAAUAGGAGAUAACAAGAAAGAAAAUAUUGAAUCAAUUAGAGAAUCAGUUAUAAAUAAGAAAGAAGUACAUGAAGGAUACUUUACAGAUAGACUUGAUGUUCCACAACCCUUACAUAGGCUCAUUAUUGGAAGGGGAGGGGGUACCGUGAAACAGAUUAUGGCCGAAACUAAAACCAAUAUUAUAAUUCCAAAAGAUGAAAAUCUUGUUAGUAAUCUUGUUACUAUUAGCGGCACAAAAGUAGGAAUUGAGAGAGCUAAAAAACAAAUCAAAAACAUAAUCGAAUCAGAUUCAAUUUUUAUAUUACCACCAACACAUUUUAUUUCUAUACCACUUACCGAUACUCAUCUUCAACGCAAAGUAGAAGAUUUUAAAUCAAAUGUUCUUGAACUUAAUCUUCAAGGUGUAGAUAAAUCUAUACUUAUAAAUUCUCACACGUUACAUAUUACAAUUGGAACUUUACAUUUGUAUAGAAAAGAAGAUAUUGAAGGAGCAGUGAGAUUACUUAAAAGUUUAUCAAAAACAAUUGAUGGAAUAAUAGGAACACGAACUUUAGUUUCUACAUUAUCUGGAUUAGCAGUAAUGGAGAAUGAUAUAGUAAAAUCGCAUGUCUUGUACGCCAAAGUUGAGGAACCGGAAGGACAAAAUAGUACCCUUAAAAAGUUAGGAGAAUAUUUAAUAGAAGAGUUUGCGGCAGAAGGUUAUUUAAAGAAAGAAAAUCGACCAUUAAAGUUGCACGUUACUCUUAUCAAUACUAGACAUAGAAAUGAACAUUCAGCAUCUAGUAAUAAUGACAAACAUGGGGAAUCCAAUAGAUAUCCCUUUAACGCUGGUCCUAUUCUUAAUAAAUUCGGCGGUAUAGAAUUUGGGAAUAAUAGACUUGAAAGUAUACAUAUAUCAAAAAUUGGUGAAUAUGAUGAGAAUGGAAGACAUCGUAGCGAGGGUGGUAUUAAAUUGCCUUAAUAGUACAAUAUUCGUUUAUAGUAUUUAUUAAAUUAGUAUUAGGGUAAUGACAUAAUAUUAAUUUUGUUAGCCGGUAAUAUUUCUUUCAUCCAAUAACAUUUAAGUACUGUGCAUAUAUAAUAAUUUUGAUUACAUAAUUUCUAUUACAUGAUU